GGUGGGCGCGGCGUCCGGGCGGCGCUCGCCACUCCGGCGGACGCGCGGCGCCCAGGGAGGCGCCGCCGGGACCCGAGAGGCGCGGCUAGCGUGCAGGACGCGGCGUGGGGGGCCGGGCACGGUCCACGCGGAGCCGCCGCCUCGGCCGGCUCGUCCUUCGGCGGCUGCCCGGGGCCCGGGCGCGCGGCCUCGCCAUGUACACCUUCGUGGUGCGCGACGAGAACAGCAGCGUCUACGCCGAGGUCUCCCGGCUGCUCCUCGCCUCCGGCCACUGGAAGAGGCUGAAGCGAGACAACCCCAGGUUUAACCUGAUGCUGGGGGAGAGGAACCGGCUGCCUUUCGGGAGACUGGGUCAUGAGCCGGGGCUGGCGCAGCUGGUGAAUUACUACAGGGGGGCUGACAAGUUGUGUCGCAAAGCUUCCUUAGUGAAGCUGAUCAAGACAAGCCCAGAACUGGCUGAGUCCUGCACAUGGUUCCCCGAGUCCUAUGUGAUUUAUCCAAUGAAUCUCAAGACCCCAGUUGCUCCAGCACAGAAUGGAAUCCAGCCACCUGUCAAUAACUCCAGGACAGACGAAAGAGAGUUCUUCUUGGCUUCAUAUAACAGAAAGAAAGAGGACGGGGAGGGCAACGUCUGGAUCGCAAAGUCCUCAGCAGGCGCCAAAGGUGAAGGCAUCCUCAUCUCCUCCGAGGCUUCCGAGCUUCUGGAUUUCAUAGACAACCAGGGCCAAGUGCACGUGAUCCAGAAGUACCUCGAGCGCCCUCUGCUUCUGGAGCCAGGUCACCGCAAGUUCGACAUUCGAAGCUGGGUCUUGGUGGACCAUGAGUAUAACAUCUACCUCUACCGAGAGGGUGUGCUCCGAACCGCAUCAGAACCAUAUCAUGUCGACGACUUCCAAGACAAGACCUGCCACUUGACCAACCACUGCAUUCAGAAGGAGUACUCGAAGAAUUACGGCAAGUACGAAGAAGGGAACGAGAUGUUCUUCGAGGAGUUCAACCAGUACCUGACAAGCGCUCUGAACAUCACCUUGGAAAGCAGUAUCUUACUGCAAAUCAAGCAUAUCGUAAGGAGCUGCCUCCUGAGCGUGGAGCCUGCCAUCAGCACCAAACACCUCCCGUACCAGAGCUUCCAGCUCUUUGGCUUCGACUUCAUGGUGGACGAGGAGCUGAAGGUCUGGCUCAUCGAGGUCAACGGCGCCCCUGCUUGCGCUCAGAGGCUCUAUGCAGAAUUGUGCCAGGGCAUCGUGGACAUAGCCAUAUCCAGCGUCUUCCCGCCCCCCGAUGUGGAGCAGCAGCCUCAGCCCGUGGCAUUCAUCAAGCUAUGAAGGCCGGGAAGAGAGGCCCCGGUGCGGGGCCGAGAAGCGGAGGCAACUCCUGAAGAGCUGUGCGCUGCUCAGGGAGUCGCCGGGCGGGCGGAGCGCUCCACAGGCUUCUGGAGCCUGAAGCAGGUGCCCCCAGGGAAGAGCAAACCGCCCCUCCCGGCAUGACUGGGAUUUGGCUCUCGUGCCUGCUCUUCUCCAAAGGUCUUCCUACACUUGGCCCUGGGCGCGGAGCCUCUCCUUCCAGAGGGCGGGCGCGGGGGCCUCUGGGGGUCCUUCCCUGCUGCAGCCCCGCUGUGCUGGGACACCGUGGACCUUCGUGCGCUCCCUGCUCGACUGCCCCACCUCGUUCAGCCCCACUAACUCUGGACGCGCAUGCACCGGCUGCCCUUGGUUUUGCGCCGUGCGUCGUGUCUUGGAGAAGGCCGUUUUCCUCGCCCCUUCCUGGUGGCUGCCCGUGGGGGUCCUGGGGGUGGGCCUGCACGGCAUCACGGCCUCCGCCUGCUCUCUGCAUGUUUAGAGGCAGCAGCCGGCCGCCGGCCCUGUGAGCAUCGAGUCAGCAUGAGAGGGUGGGCGGGUCUUUGGAACACGGUUCGCACUUAGCAUUGUUUUAACCAGAAUUCUAAAUGCACAUUUGCUGAGUUCCCUUUCCUUCACUUGUUUUCAACCUUUGUAAAGCCUCUCCAAGGGUUAUGGAGAAGGCGGCUUCCACUCCCCAGUGGCCCUGGCCAGAGGCAGGUGGCUUUCCCUCUGCAUGUUCUCCUGCGCUCCGAGCUCCCGCACCACGCACCGCUGGCUGGAGCUGCAGGGGCAGCUUCUGAAUGAGCGUCUGUCCGCCAGCUGGGCAGGGCGUGGUCUAGAGCGCCACGCGGGUCUGGGUGGCUCCACAGAUGGGUUCGUCGGAUGUGGCUUCCAAGUAACGGGUCGACUGACACUUCAUGGGCUCCUCAGGAGGCCCCAUCACUAGGAGCGGGUGGAAGAUGUCAUUGUGUUCGCUGUGAGCUUAGAGUGUCCCGGAAGUCACAGCAGAUCCGGGGGAAGCUUUCUGGGUGCCUGCUGGCCUCCAUUACUCAUUUUUGCUUGGCAGUUUCUGCAGUCAGUGACUUAAGAAAGAGCAGGAAUAACAUUGCUGCCUCACAUAGGAUGAGAUGUGGGAGCUUAUGGCCACGUGAAGGAGUGGUGGUUAAAACUGGUCUCAUGGGUGUGGCCCUGGGUGGUGAUGGAAGGGUCACACGGAAAGGCAGUGGGGCCAGAAUCACUUGUAAUUUGGAAUUAGAAAAUCAAAGUCCUCCCAGUUACCUGAGUGUGGAGGAUAACAUCUGUAUCAGAGCGAAAUAAGAUGGCCAGUGGGAAGGCGGUGCCCAGGCCCAGAGCAGCAGGGCUGGUGUCUGGGAGCUUCGGAGAAGGCAGAGGGCAGACCGAUGGAGGGCAGGUGCGCAGCCAGCCACCGACAAGUGGCGGGAGCUGGGCCCGGGCCAGUCUAGGCCACUGCGGUUCCGCACGCCUUGGGCCUGGGGACUCAGGUCGGGGGCACUGGGAGGGCUCUGCAGCUCUUGCGGUGAGGAGCUGAGAGAUGGGCUGUUAGGAAGCAUGGUCGACUCCUGGUGGGGUUUCUGAGAAAGCCACAUGCGGCAUGUGUUUCAGGGAGGUACGGCUUUGGGCGAGAGAGGGCACUGUGGCUGGGCCCUCCCAGAGUUUAAGGUGCUUCUCUUCUGGGUCAGGUGGAGGCUGGCUCAGAGCUGCCCUCUGCCCUCCCACGCCGUCCUUGGCACAGGAGGCACCCGCCUGGCUCCCCAUUGGUUUGUCCAGUGUAAGCGCUGCCAGACGCUGAGGGAAGAGGCGCUGUUCAUGUCCCGUUGAUCCUGACCUUGGCUCUGUCUUGGUCCAGUGUCAGUGGAGCCCGUUACCUCUCUGUGCCUUAGUUUCUUAUCUCAUGGAAGAGACUGCAGCCUGACCCGAGGACUACCUCAGGGCUUUCAUAAGGGUGACUGAGAACAGGAAGAGCACCAGGGCUCUGCUGGAGUCACCAGGAGGCUGGCAGAAACUGCUGGCGCCCCUCCUGCCCCUGGCCAGUGCCAUCAGAGCCUCAGCUGCAGGGCACCUUGAGAUGCCUGGAGCCACUGCAAGGGCGGAAGGGUAAGAGUAUUAUUAGCUAGAUGAAUCACACAAGGCGCGUUAGAACAUUUAUUUUGGAAAUGAGCAUUUCUUUAAGAACAACCAGAUGUUGACCUGUGGGUGACACCAGCCAGUGUUGUCCAAGCAGGUUCUCUGUGUGCUUCUAUCGCUGCAUUUGGAAAUCAGACAUGCUUUCAUUUACGUGAACAGUGCAUGGAUCCCUGGUGGAAAAACAAACGCACGUGAAUUUACAGAUCUAAGUAUGUGCAAGUUUUAAUUAUGAGGAAAAAGCCUCUUCCCUCACAGUGAACUCCUGCGAUAACUGUAAAUCCCAUUUCACCAAGAGCAUCAAGUGCCUCAGCGUUUGAAUGAUGGAGUGGAGCAGGUGCUGCCUGUGCACCAGGUGUGUCACUAAGCUCCUCAGGGUGAUGGUCACAUGCGUGGGACACCUGAGAGUGCAACACUCGGGGUGUCUGCAGCAUGGACCCAGCCCUGUGGUGGGGGUGGCUCUGCUACCCAAUACGAGGCGCCAGAGUGGGUCGCAUGUAGCAUGUGGUGCCGUUGAGGACUCAGUGGUGUAUGUGUCUCUGAUCCUGAAUACAGACUCUGUACCUAAGAGGAAGUGAUUUCUGAAAUAAGGUAAUUUUAUGGAUGUCUAAAAUGCCUGGCGCAUUAAAGAUAUUCCAAGUGUCUUUGCCCCAUGUGUCUGUCAUCUUAUUGUAGUGUUGACUGCCCUAGGGUGUCCUGCACUAGUUAAAUCCCUGAUAUCAUUACCCAGAGGGAGGCACUUUCUCUGUAAAUAGGCAGCUAGUAAAUCCGUAGGCUUUUGCAAGCUCUGUAUGGCGUCUCUGUUGCGUAUGCUUUGGGUUUUUUUCCCCAACUCAUAAAAAGUAGAAAACUCAUAGGUCACACACAAACAAGCCAGAUGUGGCCAUAGUUUGCUGACCCCAGGACAUUGUUCAUUACUUCAGCCAACAGAUUGUCCUUCAGAACUGAUGGGCUGCUCUGGGGUAGAGCAUCCAAGCCAUUUCAGGAGCUGAAAUCCGAUCUGCCCUGUGAUUGAGGAGGACAGCCAGGGAGGGGCUGGAAGGGCUUCUGAAAUGAGCCACUUCCACAGUGAGCUGGAAGGCAAAGGGUCCCCUGACGAUCAUUUCACUUAGGCCAAGUUUUUAGGUGACUGUAAACUCACACAAGUCAAGGCUUCACACCUGCAAAGUCACUCACUUGUCCCUUCUUGUGCAGCAAGGCGACAUGCCUUGCUCUCCUUGUGUAUAGCUGGCCCACCUCCAGGGGCUGCUUCUACCCCAUAGACAGACUUCUGGCACAGAUGAGGGUCCAUCCACGCCAGAAAUUCUGGCUUAGGUACCCAACUCCAAGUAAGUUUCAGACGUGACAUGACACACUCCGCAGGGCUCCACGGAGGUCCUCUGGAUAGGGUGCAGGGUGGAGCAGGCAGGCGGAAGCCUGAGAGGGCAGGUUCAGAGACGUUAGAGGGCUUCUCAGAAGCUCCGCCCAUCUGCUGUCAGUAGCUAACCCUCUUUAAAGAACCUCAUGUUCUCCUUCACUCCAGAGAUGCAAUAAAAAUUUGAAGAUGUUUUCCCUAAAGUAUCCCUAAAGGCAGGGAAAACAAGCCCCUGCCUCAUGGGGUGCUUUGUGGGACGACUUGAAGAUUGCAAGCAAAAUUCCUUUUUAAAAAUUCAUAUGAGAGGACAUCAGGUGAAUGCCCUCUAUGGGAAUAGCCGAGUAAGAACCUCUGAAAAUCUCCUCUCCCAUAAAAGCAACAGAACCCCAGCAAAAUGGUGUGGACAUUUACUAAAGGUUAGGAGCAAUCCAGAAAAAAAAACAAAAACAAAACGUAUUUAAGAAAAAUGGCUGCCUCUCAGUAA